AUGAGCGAAGAGUUUAGCGAGGAGACUCUGGCCAAGGCACGCACCGCGAAGAUCUACAUAGAGCACCUUUACAAGGUGCAGCGCCAGAAUGUCAGGGAGCGGCAAGACAGGCGCGCCAAGCUGGAGCAGGAGCUGCAGUCGUACUCGCUGAGCGAGGAGCAGCGUGCGGCGGCGCUGGCGGAGCACGAGAAGCGGGAGCGCGAGUACAGCCGGCUGCAGCGGCAGCGGCUGUGCAUGGACGACUUUGAGCCGCUGCGGCUGAUCGGCAAGGGCGCGUUUGGGGAGGUGCGCAUCUGCCGAGACCGCUCCACGGGCAAGCUGGUGGCGGUGAAGAAGCUGAAGAAGGCGGAGAUGGUGCGGCGCGGGCAGGUGGACCACGUGCGUGCAGAGCGCAACGUGCUGGCCGAGGUGCAGCACCACUCCAUCGUCAAGCUCUACUACUCGUUCCAGGACGAGGAGUUCCUGUACCUGGUGAUGGAGUACCUACCUGGCGGCGACAUGAUGACGCUGCUCAUACGCAAGGAGAUCCUUCCGGAGCACUGGGCACGCUUCUACCUGGCGCAGACCGUGAUUGCGCUGGAGGCGAUCCACGCGGGCGGCUACAUCCACCGCGACAUCAAGCCAGACAACCUGCUGCUGGAUGUGGGGGGCCACAUGAAGCUGUCGGACUUUGGGCUGUGCAAGCCCGUGGAUGUGUCCACCCUGCCCGCCUUUGCCGCCGCAGUCAGCGCGGCGGCGGGCGCCGCGGCGGGGCUGCCGCCCUCCCCCAGCCCGCGGUCGCAGGGCGAGCAGCUGCGGCACUGGCAGGAGAAUCGGCGCAAGCUGGCGUUCUCCACAGUGGGCACGCCCGACUACAUCGCACCAGAGGCGAGUGGUCAGCUCGGCUGCUGCCAGCUGGCGCCAGCUGGCCCCAGCCAUGCUCGCCAGGACUGCCUGUGGGCGCUGUCGUCCCGGCUGGUUCUGAUGAAGAAGGGGUACGGCAUGGAGUGCGACUGGUGGAGCGUGGGCGCCAUUGCCUACGAAAUGAUGGUCGGCUUCCCGCCCUUCUACUCGGACGACCCCAUGACCACGUGCCGCAAGAUUGUCAACUGGCGCACCUACCUGCGCUUCCCUCCCGAGGCCGAGGCGGCGCUGACCCCCGCCGCCCGCGACCUCAUCUCCCGCCUGCUGUGCGACGUGGAGGAGCGGCUGGGCAGCCACGGCGGCGCGGCGGAGAUACGCGCGCACCCCUUCUUUGCGGGCAUCGACUGGCAGCGCCUGUACGAGGUUAAGCCGCCCUACCGCCCUGCCGUGGAGCACGAGCUGGACACUCAGAACUUCGAGCAGUACGAGGACGAGGGCGGCUCGGGCCUGACCCCCGGCGGCUCCCGCUCCCGCCCCAUCGCCGACCCCAACUUCAUCGGGUACACCUACAAGAACUGGGACGUGGUGCACAGCGCGCAGGCAAAGCAGCGGGUCAAGGAGCAGCGAGACAGGCUGGCACGGCCCAGCAUCAACGAGCUGGCGGCGGCCUUUGAGGAGCAUGCUAACAUCUAG